UUUUUCUCUUUUCCGCCUGCCAGCUGGAGCGAUAUGGCUCCUGCAUGAGCUGCUUGUACUGAAGGCUGUUCAGCAAGAAAUUCGUGUGAAAUCGUAGCAUGUGAUGCUCCUGGUUGGAGCAGUUAAUAACUGGUUAAGCGGCAUUUCCCUAAAUGGCUGUUUUCCUCGGCCCAGCCGUCUCUCCUCCAUCCCAUUGCUCCCCGGUCCUCAGCAAUGCCCCAACUCCCUCCCGGAACCUCUCGCUCUGAGCCCCCCGCCAGCGCCGCAAUCCCGCCACUGUAUUGUGCUCCUCGGCACCGAGCGAUCUGAUCCGCCGAGCCAGAAAGACACCCGAUGGGGGAGAGAACCAAAGUGGAAAAAAACCGACGUCCCUGCUCUCCAGAAGGGAGACCCCGGCGGCGCCGCGGUGCCCUGAGCCCUCCGCGGCCGCCCGGCGCGAGCUCCCGGGCGGGGCGCUGUCCAGCGCGCACAGAGUUAAAGGCAUCAUCGCAGCCAUUAGAGGGAAAAGUUGCGGCGCCGCGAGCCCAGCGAAGUCCUCAGCCCGCCCCACUUGCCCACUCCCCACUUCCCGAGCCGGCUCCGUGUUUAGGGAGGGCAGUGAUCACGCAAGCCGGAGCGGCGGGCUGACGUUGGACGAGCUGCCAGGUAGCUGGAAGCAGGCAGCCAGGCAGCCGAGACACUUCGCAGCGAUUCCAGCCUGGGCUCCGCUGGAAGCCUCGCUGAAUCCCAGCCAGCUGGUUCUAACCUUCCAGAAUCGCAGUCCCUUCUCCCCACAGCCAGCCCUCGCCGAGCAAGCAGCAGGAUGUUUGCAGUGUCGCGCCCAGGGCUCUGAGACAGAGCCUGCCAUCCACUCGCACGCCUUUCUUUCAGGGCUUUUCGGCUGUUGGCUACACUGAUGUGACCCCCCCUCCCUUUUUGGAAUGAUGGGGAUCAUUUUGGCGUAUGUUGGAUUUGUUUUCUUUUCCGUUUUAUAUGUACAACAAGGGCUUUCUUCUCAAGCAAAAUUUACCGAGUUUCCGCGGAACGUGACGGCGACCGAGGGGCAGAAUGUGGAGAUGUCCUGCGCCUUCCAGAGCGGCUCCGCCUCGGUAUAUCUGGAGAUCCAGUGGUGGUUCCUGCGGGGCCCGGAGGAAAUGGAGCCCGGGGCCGAGGGGGCCGGCGCGCAGGUGGAGCUCUUGCCAGACAGAGACCCGGACAGCGACGGGACCAAGAUUAGCACAGUGAAAGUCCAAGGCAAUGAUAUCUCCCACAAGCUUCAGAUUUCCAAAGUGAGGAAAAAGGAUGAAGGCUUAUACGAGUGCAGGGUGACUGAUGCCAACUACGGGGAGCUUCAGGAACACAAGGCCCAGGCCUAUCUGAAAGUCAAUGCCAACAGCCAUGCCCGCAGAAUGCAGGCCUUCGAAGCCUCUCCCAUGUGGCUGCAGGAUAUGAAGCCCCGCAAGAACGCCUCUGCAGCCGUCCCCAGCAGCAUCCAUGGCUCUGCCAACCAACGAACGCACUCCACCUCCAGCCCUCAAGCGGUAGCCAAAAUGCCCAAACAAAGUCCACAAUCAGUGCAUGCCAAGACAUUCAUGAGCACCAGAGCCAAGCUGGCGAGCUAAUUAAAUAUAUAUAUGUAUGUGUUUAAAACAGCCUAAUAAGGAGCGUUGGAAAUCUUCAAGAUGAGCGAAUAUCUUAUAACUUCUUCCGCAGGUGCGAGGAUAGCUACAAGCCAUGGACUUUCUGUCCUGCUUCUUGUUUGUGGCUUUGUGAAGGGUGCUUUGCUUUAAUCUAAAGUGCUGACUUUUUUCCAAUAUCACUUUCUCUUCUUAAAGCAAAGAGCAAAUCGCCUGUAAAAUCUACGGAGCGGACAGCAAAGUUGACCCUAAACUCCAAGCACCACCCUGCACCCACUGUACUCUAAUUCACUACACAAGGAGCACCUGCUUCCGGAAGCAUAAAUGAAGAGGCUAUCACAUGCUUUGUUGAUCAUAUUUUCUUUGGCAAAACACUGAUCUUUUAUUUUAAGAGAAUUAGUGUGAAGCGAUAGAACGUUUUCUAAUAGCAAGAUCUAUUUUUUUCCCUUUUCUUUCGGCGACUAAAAUCAUCUCACUGACUGCUCGAGGGUUGGCCUGAAUGUCAUCAGGAUAGGGAAUAUUUACUAUGGAUACCACUGAUUUCCUACUAAAGGACCCAGUAUCUUCAGGAAGCAAACAGAGAUCAAAACGCUACAAAACAGAAGCUAUCAUCAAACAAAACCCCCUUUUUAGGGCAAGAACAAAACUAUCAACACUGCAAGUCAACAAGGAGGACAUUACUUUAAAUAAGGAAUAACACAAGAAAGAAUUUUUUUUUAUUUUCCCCUUUUUUCUUGGAUUUUUCUUAUUUUUCUUAAUUACAGUUCUUAUUCAAUGGUGGCAAGUGCUGGUUAUGGCCAAUCUCCGUCAAUCCUAGGAGGUUUACAGAACUACAUUUUGAGUGUUCUAUAUUUCAAUGUAUUUUAAUUCAUUUUGCAAUUCCUGUAUAUGCAAACCUGACAAAUUCUGUAAAUUGCUUAUAGUAUAUGUGCUAUAACUUCAAAGUAGAUGUACUGCGACCCUCAUGCAAGCUAAUUUUUAUCAUUAUAUAUAUAAAUAUAUACUUAAGAAUAUCUACGUGUUGGGCCACUGACCAACUUUUUUUGACCAAGUGUUUGUUUUUCGUUGAUAAUUCAUACACUCCGUGAAUUUUGUAAUCCAUUGUUUCACUUCCACAGGUUUGACAGCUGCAGAUGGUCUCUGUUGUCCUCUGCUUCAUUCUGGAAAGUGCAUAUUCAAAAUUGUAUCAGUCUCUGAUCGAUUAAUUAAUUUUGUUACAUCUGUGCUAAGUUGGAAUUUGCUAUGUUCCUUUAUACAUGGGAUAAAGGUUUAUUGAGGUUUGAGAGUCUCUUGACUCGGAAGAAUGUACACUCUCUGGUUUUGACAGCUAUUUCUGUAUUAUUAUCAUUAUACUCUUGUCAAAUAGAAAUGUUGCUUCUAGAAAAUUUGCCUUGGAGGUGAAUGUGGGGAAGGUGAAGCACUCACCAUAAUUCCCAAAAUUCAUGUUAGAACAUUUCUUGCUAUGGCUAAAAAUGCUGCUUUCUUUGACCUUUAUGAAUUUCUGUACCUUUGUCAUUCUGUUAUUUGCUGCUAAUUAUAUUUUAAUGUCUCCUAAUUAAAAAUUAAAAUUUGGUUGUUGGCUAAAUACAAUAUGCAAAAGAUGAUGGCAGGUCCCUGACUAAAGAAGAUUAAUGUGUUCAGUUUUCACUGGUUAAGUGAGUUACAAUUUUAAAUAUUCCAUUCUUAUUUUUGGCUUUAUGAUAAUUCAGACUACUUUAUUUUGAACCUGUUUCCUACUCUGGCAAGAAAGAUAGGCAGAAAUAUUAAAGUGUUCCAUAUACAUUAUGGAAUAGAUAGAGCUUGAGAGAUAAAUGACCUAAGUUUUCCUUCCAGAGAGAUUCUUCCAUGUUCUCUCAUUACAAAACCAGAAGAUCAGAUAUGUGGGGCCAUCAGCUCCCAGCCUAAGGUCCUAUAACCCGAAGCUUGAAGGCAAUCAGUACCUCUGCUUUUCAAAGGUAAAUGCAUUCAUUUUCUUUGAUUCAGUUAUAAGCAAGUAUAUAUUUUCAUAAUAUUCUUGACAUUACCUGAGAAAUAAUAUUUCAUGCUAAAUCUUUUACUGCCAUUUUUCUCAUUCAUUUGGUUUAUCAUUUCAGUUUAAUGAGAAAAAUUAAUAAAGGUUUUGACUGCGCUAUUUUAUUAAUCUAGAAAUGUAUUUUCUUUCAAAGUUUAAUACUUAAAAAUGCAUAAAAUAAUGGUAAGAUAAACACCAUCUAUUAAGUUUAGCUGGGCCUUAAAGAUUGCAUACAUUAAAGCAUAAGUAUAUUGUUUCAAGUUCAGUCAAAUUGGAAAAAAUCUACAUGUAAUGUACUUUUACUCAAAAUUUAGGUCAUGAGGUUGGUCAUUUCUAAAGCAACAAAGACUUGUACCUGUAUCAGCAAUGUUUGCCAUGCUCAUAAUCAAAUACAUAUGCUAGUUUGGAAUGAGCUACUGGCUCAUUGUAUUGGUGUCCAAAAGAAUGACGAUUUAUCUGUCACUGUGCCACCAAGAGUCCAACUCACUGGCCACUUUGAGAAAGAACAUGGUGCACUAUUUGCUUCAAACUCAAGAAGUUAAUAUGGAACCUUAAAAACUGGAACAGAAACGAAAACAAAUUAAGGAGAUCUUUCAGAGAUUUUUAACCUUAUAGUUUGUCUCUGCAAGUAUAACUUUGUAAAUAACCAUAACUAUGAACAUGAAUAAAGAUUUAAAAAUAAGUUAGCAGACAUUCUCAACCUUGUUUCCAAGAUUAUGUAAUGUUUAUCAUAAGAGAGAAUCCUAAAAUAUUAAAAUUGCUUACUUGAAUUUAAGUCGAAUGCUUUUGCUCUUUCUUAAAGACUUAUAAAUUGCUUGCAAUAAAAUAAUGCAAAUGAAAACAGAUGAGGAUAAAAUAAUAAAAUAAGAUAAAAAUUAUUUAAAGCAAAAGCCGCUAGACGGGGUUAGUAAAUAAGCUUAGUGGAGUUCGUGAACCCACUGAAAUUCCAUGUAUAUUUUUGCAUAUUUGUUUUAUGGAGAUGGUCCUUCAUAUGGCCAAUCAAUUCAUUGAUUCUGAGUGAUUUGAUUAUGAUUUGCUGGCCUAAAAGAAGAAUGUUUAGAUGAUUUUGAGCAUCUAAGAAAACCUGAUAAUUAUCAUUUUGAACUGGUUUGCCUUAAAGUUCUUGAAUAUAAUUUAGGAAGAUAUGCUAAGGCACACAUAUGUGUGGGUGUGUGCAGGGGGGACAAAAAAACACAUUUUUAAGUUCAGAAAAAAAAAUUAUUGCAAUUUGUUAACAGCAUAGACUAAUGAUACAGGAUGAUGGUGGCUGAAUUUUCAGGAAUAGUAAUGUAAUUUUGCAAUGGAUACGUAGAUGCCAUUCAAAUAAAUGGUUCUGUUAUUUAUCCUAUAUUUUUUUAAAGUGAAAAUAGUAAACAUAACUUAGUUUGUAUAAGAAAAAAUUAUUGCAGGAGGUCAAUGCAACCUGUCUGAGAUAACACAUAAAACUCUGAUGAUUAUAUUUUGGAGUUAAGACUAUGAAGCUAAAAAAAUAUGUGUGCACAUAAUUUCAAACAUUAGGCCCAAGUAAUUUUAUUUUCAGAACUGCUCACUAAUUAUGGGAGCACUCAGUGUUUCAGGAAGUGUGAAGACUUCAGGGUUUCAGCAAUGAAAUUGAUAAGGCUCUUCCCUAGAUCUAGGGAGAGAUAGUAAACAUUUAAAAGCAAGAACAUGUAAGAUACUGAUACAUUCUAAGAAGAAAACCCAAUAGGAUGAUAUACAGGGGUGUGACCCUGUAUCUCAGGGAGGUCAGAGGAGGCUGCUCCGUGGAGGUGAUAUUUAUGCAAAUCUGAAUGAUAGGAAGCCAGGCAAGAUAUCUGGGAGCAGAGCCUUACAGGGAAAGGGAAGGACUUGUGGAAAACCCCAGAGGCGAAGUCCAUCUAGGCUUGCUCAAGGACGAGAAAGAGGACAAGAGCAUUAAGUGUGGGGAGAGUGGCGAGAGGCAAGAUCAUCAGGCAAGGGCGCCUUAGACAAGACCACACCAAUGGGAGAGCACAGGACAGAGCAGGAGUGUGUGGAAAUUCCAACAUGAAUGACUUGCAAAAUCAGGACACAGGCUCUCUCCCCAGCCUGACCUCUUCUAGUGCUUAACUAACUUGUUAGCAAAACUGCUUGGGGCACAGCACUGAGUCUUCCAGCCAGGCUGCCCCUUUGUAUUGACAUGGCAGGGAUACAGGAGGCAGUAGAGACUAACUUUCUAGACUUACAAUGUCUCUCGAAUUACUAGAGACAUUCUAUGCUGAUUUACAAUUGAUCUGGCAAAGAAAGAUAGGCAGAACUAUUAAAGUGUUCAAUUUCCUUCCAGAGAGAUUCUUCCAUGUUCUCUCAUUACAAAACCAGAAGAUCAGUUAUGUAGGGCCAUCAGCUCCCAGCCAAAGGUCCUAUAACCCGAAGCUUGAAGGCAAUCAGUACCUCUGCUUUACAGUUGAUCACUUUGAGGAGCCAAAGCAAAGAGCGAAAGAUUGGGACCACUUUGAGUGGACGUGGCACUGAACUCGUUGUAAUAACUACAAAUGCAAUUCAAAAUAAAAGCAGGAGUAUAUAAAUUGAAAGGGUAGGUGGACAGAAAGAAGAGACUGACUCCUAGACAGGUGCUGAGAAAGCAGUGUAAUUAAAAAGGUAAAGGAAGGAAAGAAGCUACAACAUGUACACCACACACACACGUGUGCACACACACACACACACACGUUAUCAGAUAUUCAAAAAAAUUAGAUCUUAGACCCCACAAUACAAACCCUAGAGGACAAUGGAUUACAGUCUUGUCAGGGAGAAAUAUUGUGAUAAAAUCAUUGCAUACUUAGCUAUGUUUUCAUUGUUAAAGAAAUAAACAGACCAUUUUGAGGUAGUUAAAGCUCAGAGGAGAAUAGCAUGUAUUUACUCGUCUUGAAAUCUAUGUCGGCUUUAUGCUCCAGCUAAGAUAGGAAUCAAAGGUGAGGUUGAAAAUAAAUAGGCAUAAUAUAAACUGUCCACCAGAUUGUGUUAAAUCUAAAGAAUGGGUCAGUAUUUUAUUGUAUCUCACUCUAUGUGAAAAGAAACAAAAGUUUCACCAAAUAAUACCCUUAUUUUGUAUAUGCAGUGCAUUAUAAUAUUUUCUAUUUUGUCCUGUCUCUUUUUUUGUUCAUGCUUGACACAAAACAUUAAAUUGGUUUUGCAACCUA